AUGUUCAAAAUCAACAGUUUCCUCGCGAUUCUACUACUCUCGAUGGUCGUUUUCAUCGUCGAAGCAACGCCGAACCGCAGUUGCUUCUGGUGCUGGGACAACUUUUUCGGUAGCGGACCCACCAAACGCGUCCGCGGAUAACUUUUUCGCGUUCGAUAAAGUUUUUCUAGAGUUUUUAUUUGUACUUCGCUGCACAAAAACUGUGAUUUUUUGACACUAGAUAAAAAAAUUUUCUUUAACAUUCUGAAACAAUGAAAGAUUUCAAUCCACAAUCAGAAGCUUUGAGUACAUUUAUAGACUGCUGACGUCUCUAAAAGAACGUUUUAGCUGAAAAAAUAGCAUCAAGGGUUUCUUUUUGACCUUAAAUUCAUUUUCCGUGACGUAAAUCAAUAUUUACUAACUUUCAAAAAGGUUGAAACUGUUGAGAAAAAAAUUGAGAAAAAGACGCACAGCCACUCAUAGUCAGUUCUAACCUCCUUGCCAUCGAAAUGCGAAUUACUCAAUCUCCAAUAAUAUCUGAUCGAAGCGCCAUUUUGAGUGUUACUCUACAUUUAUCAAGACUUAUGGGCUGUCUAAAAACCCUGCAACAAAAAAAAAAGAACGGAAAAAAGAUGGAAAAAAAAAUAAUUUGAAAACGUGACCUCAACCAACCCGUCAAAUAAGUCGCCAUUCCAACAAAAGCGUGGUUUGCAACGUGUAGCUUAGCGGUGAGGUUUUUUUUUCAAACUAUUCAUAAUUUCAUACUUAUAGGGAAAACUCGGACAGUAUGGUUCAAGUGACGUCGAUCGACGACACGGACGGCGAGAGAAACGUUGAGCAAAUCAACAUCGACACGGACAUUGAAUACGUUGAGGUAAUAAAAAGCUAGCUAAAAAGUGAACCCAGCCAAAUUAUCGCUUCUUCGAGUUUCUAUCCAUUAAAAGGCUUGCGGAGCUAUCGUGCUUUUCAAUGAUCGAGGUUCAAAAGUUAUCGCGACGAUAUAUGAAACUUUGAAUAUUCAUGGCAAACGUUUUUCAACGGUUUCUAUGUCAAUGGCAACUAGGAAAAGACCUUUUUUUUUGAAAUAGGGCACAAGUGAGUCAAAAAAGAAAAACACAAUUAAAACUUUCAAUGAUACAAAUUUAGUUUUAACAAUCAAUCAAGUUUUUGCAAACGCCAGCAAGUCUAAAAAAAGAGCUUAAUUUGAGAAUUUCAUCUUUAGUAAGUUUAAAGUCGUAUUUUCUGUAGUUGCUGAUCUAUUAGUGUUGAAAACAGCCGUUAUCAUUUUAUUAAGUAGAAAAUGUGGUCGAAAAUGGUCUAGGUCUCUAUGGCCAGCGGAGACGGCGCAGUUCAAACCGGACGGUUCCCUGUAGGUCUGGACUGGUGUGGCGCCGAAUGGAAAAAAUAAACUUUAGCGUUUUGGCCGCGAUCACAGUAAUCCGAUGCUAUUAUUGCUUGAAGUUUUUUUUGAUAUGUGUUUUUAAACAAUUUCAGAUUGACCCUCAAGCGAAGCAUGUUGAUUUGACUCGUCAUCGGUUGAAAAAAAUUGAGGAUUAUUCGUGGCUAAAGCAGGUAAACAAUAAAAACUGUAAUGGGAUUUGAAAAUGAGUUCUUAUUCACAGGCAACUGAAUAUUUUCAUUAAAUCCAAUCUUAUUCAGAAGAAAAAUGUCCAAUUCAGGUAGAGCACCUUUCCUUACGAUGGAACCUGAUCAAGAAAAUCGAGAACCUCGAUCCAUUGACCACAUUGACUUAUUUGGAGCUCUACGAUAAUCAGGUGAGGCGAAAAGAUAAAUUCUCAAAGUUCUUCUACUCUCGAAAUACUUAAAAAAAAUAUCAGGAUCAUUUUUUUAUUUAAUUUUUCUGUUUUCAGAUCGAAAAAAAUUGAGAAUCUGGACGCCCUGUUGAAUUUGGAAACGUUGGACUUGUCGUUCAAUCGAAUCGCGAAGAUAGAAAAAUUUGGAGAAGCUCACCAAGCUCAAGACGCUUUUUCUUUGUACACAAUCGUCUCGAGAAGAUUGAAAACCUGGAAGCGGUAAUGGAAAAUUAGAAAAAUGAUAGAACAUUUUUUUAAAAUCGCCAUUUAGGCCACUUUCACGAACAAUUGGGGACUUUUUUUCAAACAAAAAAAUUUACCACUCUAAAAACUCAUAUUUCAGUUAACCGAGCUGGAAUACCUCGAACUCGGCGAUAAUCGCAUCAAGAAGAUUGAAAAUUUGGAGUGUAACACAAAAAUCGUCAGGUUUCAUUUUGGAGAAGUCUGCUUCACUAUUAAAUGAUGUAAUUUAGGCUCUUUCUCGGCGCCAACCAGAUAACUCGUAUCGAAAAUUUGGGGCAUUUGAAGAAGAUGGAAGUUUUGAGCCUACCAGCAAAUGGAAUCCAAAUUAUUGAAGUUUGGGGGAAUUUUUAUGUCGGCUUAUUCUUAAUUCGCCAGAGAAAAUCUUGUCUUAAACCUUAAUCUUAAAUCGACUUCUUUCAGGUAAUUCAUUUCUACAUGUCCAUGAAAAGAGGACAUCAAAAACGAAAAAAUUCGAAUUAAGAGAAUAUUCAGAACUGAAAAUUAUGAAGUCAUUUAUGCUUUAAUAAUAUGGCAUCGUUUUUUUUAUUCCUUCGAAAAAUGUCGAAAAAUUCUCAUUUUAAUAUUUUUUUUUUGCCUAUCUGAUGUCUUAUUAAACCAUUUAUUCUCUUCUAAAUAAAGAAAAAAGUAGUAGAGAUCCUAAAAAUUCAGAAUCUUUCGGGAUUGACGUCGAUGCGCGAGCUCUACCUGACGCAGAAUGGAAUCCAGUACAUAAACGGGCUCGGCGACGCGUUUGCUCUCGAGAUUCUCGACUUGAACCAAAAUCGGCUGGUCAAAGUCGACAACCUCAAGCACUUGACGCGUCUCACCGACUUUUGGGCUCGGAAUAAUCAGGUGGGCGUCAUAUUUGCAAUCAAUCAAAUGAUUAUUUCCUUAUAUCAGCUGAAAGAUUGGACCUUGUUCGAUGAGCUUUCGGAGUUGGCCCAGCUCAACACUGUCUACCUCGACUUUAAUCCCAUCGCUGAGUCGGACAACUAUCGGUUUUUCUCUUUGAAAUUUUAGCCGAGAAUAAAAAAAAUGCGUUAAAGGGGCAAAGUUUUGCGUCUGCUACCGCAAAUCACUCGUCUUGACGGUUCGAUGUGUCGACAGGUAUUUAAAAAAAAAUCAGACAACGGAAAAAUUGCGAAAGAAUUGAUUUUUUUUCAAGAAGUUUAUUGUCUUCGAAAGGUUUUGCUGAAGUGCCGUGAGGUUCAAAAGAAGUGGAGAAAAGAAAAAUUGAAUAUAAGAUCUAGUAUAUUUCUAUCUAGGAAAUGUUCUCGGCUCGCAGCGGAACUUCUGAAUGGGACCAGUCGGAUUUCGAGGCAUAUGUUCGUUUAGCAGCUCUCAUUCUUAUAGCUCACUAACUCAUAUGAAUUUUAUGAAUAAAUGCAACUAAAAAAGUUCGAAAUCGCUUUGACUUUGAGAAAUAAAAACAUGCAGGCCGCUCAAAAUCUUUAAAAAAAAAGCCACUUUUGGCAUUAGCUUUUUUUGAUAUCAUUUUCUACAGGAAAGCCUUCUGCGGCACCCACCUCAGACCCAGAAGGAGAGGGAGAACGCAGCCAGUGAUGAGAAUCUCGUGACGGGAAUCGAGCGCAUCGAGUUCAGUGACGCUGAAGAAGAUGAAGCCGUUGACGCCAAUUGA